AUGUUUUCAAAGAGCGACUUUUCGCAAAGUCUAGAAACACCUAAAAAAUUUUGCACAAAUUCGACUAAGCCCAGUUACUUACACAAAAUUGGCGAACAGCCUUUAAAAUAUAUCACGAUCGGACAACUUUUGCAAGACACGGCGGACAAAUUUGGUGAAAGAAAGGCGGUCAUUUCGGUACAUCAGAACAAAUUUCUGACAUUCUCUGAACUUUUAGAGAAAGCCGACAAACUGGCAGCAGCUUUCAAAAUAUUAAAUUUGGAGAAAAACGACCGUGUGGGAAUAUGGGCUCCUAAUUUAUUGGAGUGGUAUAUAACGAUGAUGGCAUGUGCAAGAGCUGGUUUGAUUGGGGUAUACUUAAACCCGGUUUUUGAAGCUCCGGAGAUCGAAUACUGUAUCAAUAAAACCCAAAUAAAAGUUGUGGUGUGUGGUGAUAAAUUUAAACACCACAAUUAUUACGAGACUUUGUUAGCUAUAGCUCCAGAACUGCAAAAGUGCGACCCUGGAAAACUUGAAAGUAAAAAAGUACCAUCCCUUAAAACCGUCAUUCAAAUCAACGAAGACAGUCCGGUUUAUUCUAGCGGUACUUACAAUUUUCACGAAAUUUUGAACCUAGCGAGUAGUACCGAAAUCGCUAAUAUACAAAAAAUGCAACUGAGUAUCAGUCCAGAUGAUGGUUGCAGCCUCCAUUUCACUUCAGGUACCACAGGACAACCCAAAGCGGCUUUAGCAACCCAUUUCAAAAUGGUAAAUAAUGGAUUCUUGAUAGGAAAAAGAAUGGAAUUUUCUGCAAAGCGUCACACAAUUUGCAUGCAGGCACCUCUUUUUCAUGUUUUUGGUACUAUUGUUAGUAUCAUGACGGCAGUGAACCACGCAAGUACUAUAGUUUUACCAACAGACGGUUACCAACCCGAUAAAACUUUGGAUGCUCUCAAGAACGAGAAGUGUACGGUGAUUUAUGGUACUCCUACGAUGUACUUCGACCUCAUUGAAACUCAAGAAAGACGUAAAGAAGUCAUAUUUGCAGACAUAGCGUUCAUAGGUGCUGCCUCCAGCUCACCAUAUCUGCUAGAACAGAUUUUAAAAACCUUACAUAUAUAUAAGUUUCAUUCGGCUUAUGGGCUGACAGAAUGUACUGCAUCAGUGUUUCAAACAGUACCAACAGAAUUUAAUGGAAACUCUCCAACAAUGGUGAAUUACAUACAAGAACACGUUGAGGCUAAAGUAAUAAACGCAAAUGGUGAUAUGGUACCUUUUGGUACUUCUGGUGAACUGUGCGUACGAUGUUAUAGCAACAUGCUAGGUUACUGGGCAGACGAAGAAAAAACGAACGAAAUUUUAGGAAAGGACGGAUGGCUCAAAACUGGAGACCAGUUCAUUCUUGAAGAAGAUGGAAGUGGAAAAGUUGUUGGUAGACUAAAAGAUAUGAUUUUACGAGGAGGAGAAAGUAUUUUUCCCAAAGAAAUCGAAGAAGUUUUGAUCACCCAUCCUAAUAUUUUGGAAGUACAAGUAGUCGGUACACCACAUCAAAGACUGGGAGAAGAAGUCUGCGCGUGUGUGAGAAUUAAACCACAAUCAAAUUUAACACUUCAAGACGUAGUAACUUUCUGUAAAGGAAAGUUCGCGUAUUUCAAAAUUCCCACGAGAAUGGAAAUUUUCGACGAUUUUCCUCGAACAGCUUCAGGGAAAGUUCAGAAAUUUAAGCUUAUAGAAAUGCUGACUGAAAGAAACCUUUGA